AUGGUCGCCCCAAGACUCUCUUGGCUUGUAGCUCUGGUGUGCUGCUCGGCUACCAGUGCGUACGAUUUGACAAAGGUUCGAGAACCCAAGGGACAACUCGCUGUGACUCUGGAUCUUUCGGUAGCGCUCUCAUUCCCUCAUGAUGCGCCGCCAGUUAAGGACAAGAAGUCGCCGCGCAACUGGGUCUGGACUAGCCAUAUGAAGUUCAGACAACCCGUCGCUGCUAUCACCAAUGGACAGCUGUGGAAAAUAACACGCGACGCGUACGAUGAGAUGAACGUUGAUGCCCAGCAAUAUGCCAUCAAAUUAUCGUCACGGCCGAAGGCCCUCGCAACUCUCGCUUGGGGUAACGAACUUAUCAUCUCUUCGACGCAGAAAGGUCUUGGUUCGUUUACCUACGAGUACAACGUGAACUCGCCGGUGCUCAAGGACCUCCAGCUCUGUCAACAAGUCUGGAAAGAUGCUACAAACGAGGACAAGGAGCACCGCACCCGUGGAAAAUGCGCCGAGCCGAUGGCAUGCCAUGUGUAUUACACUCUGAAUCCGGAUGCUCAUCUGGAGAAACAGCAGGCUAGGAUCGCGUCAGUCGUCGAAAAUAGCCAGGGAGUUGUAGAGCAACAGGAUCCAUGUGUGGAUCCGGACCAGCAGACCCGCGAUAUUUGGGGCUGCAAUGUUUUCACCAAGUCACAGGACUUGACUGUGAUAUCCAAAGACAUACAGCCAGAGGAUUACGACUUGAGCUCCAUUGCUGGCGGUCGCGAUUCAUACGAUCAAAUUGAGUUGUGCGGAACUGUGAGAGCCACUAGGAUCGGGGGGAGGCCCUCUGAUCCUUCCAACCCUGGUGGGCCUUCCGGUUCCUAG